AACCCCUCGCAGAACUCCGAAAUUGCUACUCCGCCACGCCUUAUCCAUUCCUCUUCUUCUCCCAACCCCUCCCAAAACCCUGCAACAAACGGCGAAAAAUCCAGCCCAAUAGGGAGGAUUUCCCCAUCCUCGAAUCGGCAAUGUGCAAUUCCUUUUAACCGAAGUUCUUAAUGCUCGGCCACCGACCUCACCGGAAAACCCACCCAGCGUUACCUUCUGUAUCCAUUACCAAUGGAACUUUCUUCUUCUUUUGUACAACUCGCAUCCCCUACUCCUAAUUACUCUUUCUCGUCUUCCUUAACCCCAUUUCAUUUCAAAAUUUACCCCAAUAAUCCCAGUUUCCCGAACCCCACGUCGGGAAAUUUGCGUAUUUUUGCCGUUGCAGUUGACCCACAGCAAGAACUGCCCAAAAACAACCCCCAGAGACUGCUCAAGGAGCUCGCGGAGCGAAAACGAGCUACUUCUCCGAAGAAGAGGGUGCCCCCAAGAAGGUUUAUUCUUAGACCGCCAUUAGAUGAUAAGAAGUUAGCGGAAAGGUUUCUCAAUAGCCCUCAAUUAACCCUCAAAUCAUUCCCAUUAUUGAGUUCUUGUUUGCCAUCUUCGCGGCUUAACAAUGCCGAUAAAACUUGGAUGGACGAGUACUUGCUCGAAGCCAAGCAGGCUCUUGGAUACCCACUCGAGCCAUCCGAUAAUUAUGGAGACGACAAUCCUGCGAAACAGUUUGACACUUUGUUGUACUUGGCCUUUCAGCAUCCCUCGUGCGAGAGAACAAAGGCACGGCACAUAAGAUCGGGGCACUCAAGGCUACUGUUUUUGGGCCAAUAUGUACUCGAAUUGGCGUUAGCAGAGUAUUUUCUGCAGAGAUAUCCUAGGGAAUCGCCGGGUCCAAUGAGGGAGCGGGUUUUUGCGUUAAUUGGGAAGAGGAGCCUCCCAAAGUGGAUUAAAGCUGCCAGUUUACAGAAUUUGAUAUUCCCAUACGAUGAUAUGGAUAAGAUGAUCAGGAAGGACCGUGAACCACCUGUGAAAUCUGUGUUCUGGGCAUUGUUUGGGGCAAUAUACUUGUGUUUUGGAAUGCCAGAAGUGUAUCGGGUCCUUUUUGAGGUGUUUGGAAUGGAUCCAGAUGCAGAGGAAUGUGAACCGAGGUUACGUAGGCAACUUGAAGAUGUAGAUUAUGUCUCUGUUGAAUUUGAGGACAAAAAGAUCAGCUGGCAAGAUAUGGUUGCCUAUAAGCCUCCCGAAGAUGCUCUAUUUGCACACCCUAGGCUCUUCAGAGCUUGUGUCCCACCUGGCAUGCACAGAUUCCGGGGAAAUAUAUGGGAUUACGAUAGCCGACCACAAGUCAUGCAAGCACUAGGAUACCCUGUACCUGUUUCAGAUAAAAUUCCGGACAUUACAGAAGCGAGGAACAUUGAGCUCGGACUUGGGCUGCAGCUCUGUUUUUUGCACCCAUCAAAACACAAGUUUGAGCAUCCUCGGUUCUGCUACGAACGAUUAGAAUACCUCGGCCAAAAGAUCCAGGAUAUCGUCAUGGCUGAGAGACUGUUGAUGAAGCAUUUAGAUGCUCCCGGAAAGUGGUUGCAGGAGAAGCACCGGCGAUUGCUGAUGAACAAGUUCUGCGGGCGGUAUUUGAGGGAGAAGUAUCUUCAUAAACUCAUCAUCUAUUCCGAAAAAGUUCAAGAUGCAUACGAGAACAAUCGGAGGCUUCGAAACCCAGCUACCACGGCUGUUCAGCAAGCUCUUCAUGGACUUUCUUAUGCAGUUUAUGGAAAGCCUGAUGUUAGACGUCUCAUGUUUGAGGUUUUUGACUUUGAGCAAAUCCAACCUAAAGCCGUCUGAGAAUCUACAAGGUAGAUAAUGCAAUUGCAAACAAUGGCAAAGAAGGGAAACGAAAAGGAGUUGUUUCUUCUAUCCUCGCAUUCAGCCUUCAUUCUCUUCUCUGUAGAAGCAAGAUCUUGAUACAUAUAAUUGAAGUAGAUGUGACACAAGGCGAUAAAGCUUGAUGUGAAAUAUUUGUAUUGUAAUUUUUCUUUUAAUUUUUUUUCAAAUUUUACUUCAAAUUAAUUGCUCGGCCCUAUAAUAACUUGGCAUUGAAAAUUUUGUAGGAUAUUUAAUUUGAUAGCUCGAUAUCCUCUAUAGUUGGAAUUCCAAUCCAUGACAUAAACGAAUUUGACUUUU